AUGGAGAUGCCUUCGGGGACGGGGAAGCUACAUCUGAAGCGCACUCCGGCUGAACAAGCCGAGCGCGACUUCCGCAAAGCGAAGAAGGCAACAAAGAAGACAGCAAAGAAGACAGCAAAGCGGAGACGACAUGCAGACAUAUCCGACGACGAGCUUGGGAACAGCAGCAGCAGCAGCAAGCGACAGCGAGCAGGCUCGCCCAGCCGCUCCGCCACCGACUAUCCCUUCGUGGUCGACGACGAUGAGUAUGGUCCGCCGCCUCCGCCCCCGGCCUCUACGUCAUCUCAUCGAGCACACAAGCCGGACUAUGACGAGAUUUAUGCUCGGCUGGAAGAGGAGCGAUUCCGCGAGAAGAUGUUCGGCGCGAUGGCGGAGGACGAGCGGCUGGACGGGCUAGAGUCGCACCUGAACAACUAUGCGCACGUACCGCGGCGGUGGAGGGGUGGGGGCAUGGACAGGAUGGACGACGAGCUGGGUAUCGACCCACAGAUGAUGGAAGAAGAGGACUACACGGAGUGGGUGCGAGCGGGCAUGUGGAGGAGAAAGCAUGCCGAGGAGUACGCAGAGCACGAGCGCAAGGCCGCCGAACGCAACGCCCGCCGCGCCCGUGAGGAGGCAGUCCGCGAGGAGACCGCGCGCCUUGAGAAGAAUGCGGAGGCAGACCGCAGGCGUCGACGGAGGAGCAGAGAGCGCAGGCGGGCGGGCGAGGCACGCGAGCGGUACGACGUGCGCUGGAAGGAGCUACUAUCCGCGAGCUCCGGAGGGCCGUUGCGUUUCUCCGACAUCCCAUGGCCCGUAUUACUGCCCGAUGGCGAUUCCGCGCGCGGCAGGAUGCUCGCUUUGGAACACUUCACCGUGGAAGCCAUCUCCGCAUUUCUUCUUCCUACGGAGGGAGAUAGCUCUGGAGACCCUGAGGUCGCGAAGAGCAAGAAGGAGAAGCUGCGCGAGACCAUGCUGCGUUUUCACCCCGACAAGUUUGAAGGCAGGAUCACGGGUCGUGUGCGGGAGAAUGAUCAAGAAAAGGUCAAGGAGGCAGUCGGUAUCGUAGUGAGGACCGUCACUGGGCUGAUGGGAGAUGGGAAGUAA